AUGACAUCGGAGAGGGCGAUCCCGCACCUGCGCGACAUAUUCAGCCUGAACCAGCAGUACGAGUCGAAGCAGUACGAUGAGAACGAAGACAAAAACAAGAAGGCGACGCGAAAGAAGAAGGAGGAGUUCCGCACGUACCCGAACGGCGACGUGAAGACGUUGGAGAGGCACCUCAGCAUGAAGAAGACGAUCAGGAAGAAGAUAAUGCGCGACCUGCAGCAGGCGUUCGUGGAGGACCCCAACGAGUUCAAGGUCGAGAACACGAGCCCGGAGAAGCUGAAGGCGGAGCUCAGCGCGGAAGCGGUGAAGAUAGAGAAGAACGUGCGCAAAAGCGACCCGACGUUCCUGGACAUGCUCCGCGGCGAGACCAGGGGCGAGGAGGCGCGCGAGGAACAGCCGCCCGCGGAGAAGACCAGUUUCUGGCGGCGUCUGACCAUGAAGAAUAAGAACAAGAGA